AACCCAACCCCUCUCCGCCAUUUUGAUUAGUACACAAUUCAAUUUGUUAGUGAAGUGCGCUUUUUUAAAGGAUACCAGAGGUAAAUCAAGCUUCGAGAUGAAGAAAUUUGUUAUCAAGUUGGAAACGAUCGUCGAAGUCCCAGAGGAAGAUUUGGAAAGCAACGACGAAGCGAAGGAAUCAUCUUCGUCUAGCACACCAACCAUUUCUGGAAGUACUUCAACUCUUAAAUCGCGAUCCACUUGCAAUCUAACUUCAUACAGCAACGACGAAUCUGUCUCACUCUCCUCCGUAUCAAGCUCCGAAUGGAAUGCUUUUUACCCUCCGUGGACUAGAUACCAACCCAAGUAUCCAAAACGCCUUCGCAAUAAGUUAAACCCGAAGAUUACAAAUCCAGGCCCAACAAUUCUUCGUGUCAAAAAUCUACGAGAUGAUAUCUCCGACCAAGAAGUUUACAAGCUUUUCAAAGUAUUUGGGGACGUUGAAAGUGUCAACAUCUAUUACGAUGUGUUCGGUCGCUCCACCGGCACAGCCGAUGUCAUCUUUUUGUUGCGAAAAUCUGCAAGUGAUGCUGUGGAUGUCAUCCGAAAAACCGAAACUGUUGGGGGAGAAAAGUAUCUAAGGGCGAGGAUUAUUCGUCGCAAAAGGCGCGCUGCAUGCGCAAAGAAUUGAUGUGUUAUUUAUUGAAGCAUGUUUGAAUUAUUUGGCUAUUACUCUAAAUAAAUUCUAGUAAAAACAA